AUGGAUUUUAGGGUCUGCGACCACGAUAUUGUGGUACAACACGCUUUUAACUUUGCCGAAAGAGGUUUGUCUACUUUAUCUGUGAAAUGUUAUUCCGAAAUCGAAAGCCUUGAACACAGCUCAGCCUGGUCAAUACCCAAGAUGUUGUACCUCUUGAUACGAUAUUCUGGUCUGUUUACAGUUGUAAUCAAUGCCACAGUGGCAUCGACUGUUCAGCAGAGUGUCAAGACGCAGCAUUUUAGAUGUCAACUUUUCGCGUGGUUCCUUGUUACCAUGUUGUAUGCUCUGUAUAACCGCGAUAAACGAGUCUUGAUCUUUUUGGUUUUUUUGAACACUUUCCAUUUGGCCAUCCAGAUAUAUGUCCUUGUCGUCAUUGGGAUAUCUAGCGCUCAAACUACCUUUCUAGCACCCCCAGGAAUACCUCUUCCUGGAUGUCCUUCCAACCCCGCUCACAAAGAUAGCUGCCGUGGUGGUGUCUGGGUUGUGAUCAUGCUCGUCGGUGGGAUUCUAAAUAGCAACCUCGCAAGUGGGCCUCUGACGCUCUUGUACUUACCUUGGAACAUCGUCGUUUAUGUUUUGGCAGCAACGGGUCUCAUUAUCGACCUAAGACGAGCGGCUUCUACCGAAAGAAGUUUAUUGGGUAUGCUGGAAACUGCCAUUGCUUAUUAUCAGACUCAGGAACUUGUGACUUCAACGGUAAUGAUGGAUGCUUUCACGGCAUAUCUUUGCCGUAGAAAGGAGACUUGA